ACAGAUCUGAAAUAAGGUUAGGUGACACCUGCCUGCAAACUUUUCUAGUGUGAUAGUAUUAGUUGAAAUAAAACAGAAAUAGAUGCAUAUACAUUUCCACUAUUAUUAUUUACGUAAACUCGCCCUAGAUGAAAAUAAAAUGCUAUAACGUAAAUAAGUAUAUAGUGUUUUUAUCUAACUGCACUUAUAAUUCAUGGAAAUAUCCCUGAAAUCGGAAAUCAUUUUAUAUUCACAUAUUAGUAUAUUCAUCCCCAAAAAAAUUUAAUAUGUCGAAUCCAAAAUCAGCAGAAUCUCGACAAAGUUUUAUUGAUGCGAAACCAUUCCAAGGAAUGAAUAUCGCUGAUAACUCUAUAUUGAAUAUGCUGGAAGGUCGACAACCUUGUCCAAAAUGCGGAAAAUCUAGGAAAUUUUAUUGUUAUUCCUGUUAUGUACCCAUAGCAGAAUUAGAAGGAAAAUUGCCUUUUGUGAAACUUCCCAUUAAAAUUGAUAUUAUAAAACACAAAAAUGAAAUAGAUGGAAAAAGCACUGCUGGUCACGCAGCAAUAUUAGCUCCAGAAGAUGUCUCCAUCUACACCUAUCCAAAUAUACCGGAUUAUAGAAAUGAAAAUGUUGUUCUGAUCUUCCCAAGUCAGCAGGCCAUCAAUGUUAGUCAGUUGGUUUCUAGUAACUUACCGUUGGAUUCAAUAAAGGGAUGUAAAAAUGAUUCUCUGGACGAGAUACCUAAAGGACACCAUAGAAGUACGUUGAUGAAAUAUAUUCCAGAAUCGAGAGAGGAUUAUGAAUUCAAUAGGACCACUAAAGAGUUGCCUAUCAGUAAAGCCAUAUUCAUUGAUAGCACAUGGAAUCAGAGUAGAGGUAUUUACAAAGAUGAGCGGAUAAAGCGCAUUCCAUGUGUGGUAAUUCAAAACAGAAUAUCCCAAUUUUGGAGACACCAAAAAGGCAGCCCGAGAUGGUAUUUAUCUACCAUUGAAGCUAUUCACCAGUUUCUAAUCGAAGUUCAUUUACAUUGUUGGGGAUUGAACCCGAAUUAUAGUGGCAUUAAAAAUUGUGUCACAGAAAAGUGUUUGAGUCACUUUGAAGGACUGUAUAGUAGUGAAAGUCAGGCUUAUAAUGGACAAUAUGAUAACUUGCUGUAUUUUUUUCAUCACAUGUAUGACUUGAUACAUAAGUAUUAUCAACACAAAGACUUGUAUGCAUAUAAAAGAAGAUUGUUGUGAA